AUGGAUAACACACUUCCAAUGUGCUUGACAAUUAUCGCAUUGGAAGAGCUAAAGAGACUUCUUACACCAAUUGAGAGAUUGCCUCUAAGGUUAGGUGGAGAAUCUGGUAGCGAAUACAUAAACAGACUACUACAUGCCCAUCCUGAUUUAUGCAAAGAACAAUUGAGAUUAGAUAGAAACAUAUUUGUGGAUCUUGCUAAAGGCAGUUCUUAUCGUGAUGCUGCCGGUCGAUUUCAGCACUCUAUUGCAACAAUUGGGUUGUACUUUAAACAAGUACUGGAAGCAAUGGAUUGUGUUGGAGCAUUGGAUGAGACUCAUAUAAAUGCAGUUGUAAGCGAUGAUGAUGGUAGUGCUCAUGAUAUUACUGUAUGGAACCAUUGCUUAACUGUACCAGAAUUUCGGUUUCCCCAUCCACCUCCAGGAAAAUAUUAUCUAGUAGAUUCUGGAUAUCCGAAUACCGUUGGAUAUUUGAGUCCAAUAAAAGAAAAAGAUAUUAGAACCCAUUUGCCUGAAUUUCGAAAUGGUCCACCACCACAAGGCAUGCUUGAACUUUUUAAUUAUCUUCACUCUUCACUUCGAACAACGAUCGAGAGAUGUUUUGGACAAUUAAAAGGUCGAUGGAAAAUAUUGACAAUGAUGCCACAAAUGGACACUAAACAUCAAUUGACAAUUAUGGUUGCUACAUUCACACUUCACAAUUUUAUUCGAUUACAUGAGUUGGAUAUACCCAUUAAUAGUGGUAUAGAAAUCGAACCAAGAGCAGAUUAUGAUUUGUUUAACGAGAAUCGUAAAGCUGUAAUGAAAGAAGUACAACUUAAUAUAGCGAAGGAAAUUUGGAACGUCUUGAAAUGA